AUGACCCUCCGCACAGCGGGAGGCAAAACCAGCACGGAAUCAAGGCGGCGGAGCUGCAAUGAAGAUGGCGCUGUGUGCCACGCUCACAACGCCGCGGCGGGGGUCACCCCACUCCUCAUGCGUCCACGCAACAUGGGAACGUUAUUUGUGAGCAAAACUCUUUUUCAGAUACCCGCCACUGGGGAGGCGGUGAUGGCACGACGUCAGUGCCAACUGGGUCCUCCUCUUUUUACGUUCCCGAUGGACGGCAGACAUCUGUUUGUGGCCUGCGGCUCGGAGGGCCGCCAGCGGGAUGAGGGUUCAACGGUGUAUGUCGUGCGUUUGUGUCCGGGUGGUGCCCCAACGUCCCUCCCCAGUCGUCUUCCCAUCGCCGACAUAUCGGGAUGUGUGCAGAACUACAGCGUGCAUCCGCCACCAUGGAGUGAGCAGGCGGCGGGGGAGGCGGGUGGUGGGAGUCUUCAGCUGCCUGCGGCAGCAGCGGAGGGCUCUGUCCGUCGUGGCCCGCCGCCGGCGCGGCCUGUGUCGCAUGCUCCAGGCCAACGCUAUCCCUUUCUUCUGGCUGACGCGGCGACGCAUGCGAUUUGGGCGGUGGAGGUCGACACCGCUACGCUGGCGGUCUGCCUGGUGACACAAACGCAGUACCGGGGGUGCAACGGUGGAGACGGUGAUGUUGCAACGGCGGAUGACGUCAAUCCGCAGCAGCAGCUGCUGCCAUCGCCGCAAGAGCAACCCCAGCAACAAGAGUCGGGGCGUGCGUCGAGGCCAACGGCACUACUGGGUGGUAUAGAAGGAUUUGUUGACGGAACUUUUCACUCGGCGCGCUUUGCCUCUCCCGCAGCGCUCUGCUGGCGUGUGGACGACGAGGCUGCUGCAGCGGACGCUUCUGGGGAGCCAAGGCAACCGCACCCACGGCGCGGGACACCUCAUUGUGGUGUAUUGUUCGUCAGUGACCGUGGAAACCACGCCGUGCGACACGUUGACUUUCGAAGCGAAAUGGUGCGCACUAUUUUGGGUAUGGACGGUGUCCCGGGCUACCGCGACGGCGAGUACUGCGUUUCCCGACUGCAGGAAGCCGCAUCCCUUGUCUGGUGUACGUCGGGGCUUCUAUUCCUCGACAAGCCCAACGGCGCGCUUCGACUCAUCACGGGACUGAAGGAAAAGAGGAAGAUGACGGCUGCAGCGAGGGAAGAGGCGGCGGGUUCACCUCAGCGCGUAGCACAACUUGAAAUUCCUGGAGCAGCUUCAGAAGAAGCCACGACGCACGCCACAUGUCGCGUGUGGACUGUGGCCGGUGGACUGCACGGGAAAAUGGGGCAAUACUUUGACGCCAAGGAGCCGCAGCGGGUUUCAUUGGGCACGCCGAGUACGCUGGCGCUGGCCCCAGAUGGGCGAGGGGUGUUGGUUGCGGACAGUCAGCAUGGGGCGUUGCACCUGGUGUCCUCGCGCGGGGUGGAGACCUUUCUUGGGUUGCACAGCUUCCCCAAUGCAGCUUCAUUUCCCGCGGGAUUAAUGGCCUGCUCGCACCUUUUGCUCUGUCGCCUAACCACUUCCAACGGCGUCGCGCGUGACGCAUUUCUUGUUAGCAGUGGGGUGCAAGGAACCGUCUCGCUGCUGGUGCCGGACGGCCGGGCGGAAGCCGCUGGGGACGGGGCACGCGUAGACCUUGAGGCCGCCGCCAUCACCUCGCUCGCCGCAGAGGAGUGCGGCGUGGUGGCGUCGGCCGGUCUGCCACGCAGGGACGCAUGCCUUCAUGGGAACUCCGACGCCGUUGCACGUGGGCGUAAGCAAACCCAUGGGGGCGGCCACAGAUUUCACCGGACAGACAGUCUCAGAGAAACGGCGUCGCCUUUUCUCGCGGGGCGCAGUGGCGUCUCGACCCGCGUCCACUUCCUGCCGACGUCAGCAAGCGGUGGUCCGUUGGGUGCGGCCACGCGACGGCUCUUCGAAGUCUACGCGUACUACGCCAGCAGGUCCCCCGCCCCGCCCACCAUGACAGACGUGUGCCGCCUGGAGCCUCUGCGGAGACGAGAGCAUUUGGGCGCGUCGUGCUCGCUCUCGCUGAUGCGCUUCUGGCGAUUUCUCACCCACGCGGAGUACUUUGGCAGGGAUUCACCGCGGACACCGCCCCUGGCCGCCUCCUGCGCCUGCGUGCCGCCAGCGGCUCUCGGCUUGGGCGGCAGUGAGAACGCCGCCGCGGGCGUCACCUGCUGGCGGGACUGGCGCUGCGCCGCGGAGGUGCUUCACGGGCUGAGUGUGAGGCACCACGGGUAUCGUGUCCUCUCCGUCAUGGACUUUGCUCAGUUCUGCCGCGUCAUUCUCGCCCUCCACUGCUGGCUGCGGCGGCAGUGCGAGACGAGGAGGACGGAGGAGGAGGAGGAGGAGAGAGAGCUGCGUAGCCGCGUGGAUCGCGCGACGCAUGUGUCGAUCGAAGAGCUUAGCGGGGCGGAGGUUGUCGAGGCCUACGCGGACGCCGUGCGGCAGGUGAGGCGCGUAAACGUUCACCUGCGACGGGCGGCGGAUGAUGCACGCAACGACGAAGCAGGAGGUGACGGGGGAGCGUUUCUGGCUGCUGACGACGUCCUUCGCGUGCUGGUGCGAAACGAAAAACCGCUGCGGCAGCUGUUCGACGCCUACAGCGAGAGGCCGGGCCUUUCGCGGCGUCCGGCGUCUGCCACCGCGGAGAGUGAGGAGGCACACAACAACCUGCGGUGGAUCCACGCCCUGCUGCUUUCCACUGACGCCGGCGAACACGCCGGCACAGACGCGGUUGCCGUUGUGUCCUACGGCAUGUUUCACAAGCUGCUCCACGCGUUGGACGUGUUCCCGUGUCUUCUCAGCGAGGCCCUGCUGCGGCGCGCCUACGUCGACGCCCUGCUCACCCCGCUCUUUCAGACUCUGCGGCGUGGGGCGUUCGCCGUGGAGCCGCGCGCAAAGGAGCAGCAGCGGGUCCUGCCCUUCGCCCUUGAAAUGUCCCAAGACGUGGAGAAGUGGUACACUCGCUGUGGCGCGGGGCUUGCGUUUCUGCCCUUCGUGGAGGCCUUCACACGCGUCGCCCUCACCGCCUUUUCGCUCUGCCCCGAGCACGACCGCUGGAUGUACCCCACCGCCGCGGCGAAGGUGGAGGCGCUGAUGCGGUGGGUGAACCGCUCUGUGGAGCAGUUCCACCAGCGCGGGCGGGGCGACGCGGCUGCGCACGACGCUGCCGCACGUGGUGAGUGUGUCGGUGGCAGGCGGGCGCUGCUGCCCCCCGUAUCCCUCUGCUUUGACGUCCCCGCGCGCGUGGCGGGGCCACACCGCGGCUGA